AUGUCUACCGCCCUUCCAUGCAACCGCUCCAAAACCGUCAUCGUCACAGGCGGCGCAGGUGGCAUUGGCGCGCAGACCAUCCGCACCUUCCACGCGCAGGGCUGCAACGUAGUGAUAGCCGAUCUGCCCUUCACCAGAAGCUCAGCCAGGUCCCUCAUAGACUCCCUACCAGAUGCAGGGCGCACGCUGUUCCACGAGACAGACGUCACGGACUGGGCAGCCAUGCGGGGAUUAUUCCGAGCUGUGAGGGAGAAAUUCCAUCGCGUUGACGUGGUGGUCGCGAAUGCAGGGAUGAUGGAGAGUCAGGGGUUCUUUGAUUUUGAGGAGGAUGGGAAUGGGGAGUUGGAAGAGCAGAAGGGGGCGUGGGAGGUGGUUGGUGUUAAUUUGAAGGGGGCGAUGAAUACGCUUAGGCUAGCCAUGCACGCCAUGAGCUCAAACACACCCGAUUCCGAUGGCUCACGCGGAUCGGUGGUGUUGAUUGCGUCGACAUCUGGGUACUUUGGCGGCACGGGUGUAGUGUCGUAUAUCUCGUCCAAGCACGGUGUUGUCGGCCUGGCACGAGCAGCGCAGCGGAAGGCAAACGAGCUCGGUGUGAGGGUCAACGUCGUGGCGCCAUUCUUCACUCCAACUUACAUCACUACCGGCUACUCGGAACAGUGGAAGGAAAGGGGGCUGCCAGCCAACACGGUCGAGGACGUCGCUGAUGCUAUUGUGGCAACGAGUAUGGAUCCUCUGAGGAAAGGUCAUAGUGUGAUGGUAGCGGGAAGCGUGGUGAGGGAGAUUGAGACAGCGAGGAUUGCGUUGACGAAAGAAUGGCUGGGUGAAGAGAUUGCAGAAAUCAUGGUGCAAGGAGGUAAGUUUUUUGAUGACAUGGGUGGUUAUACACUGCCGAAAGCCCGUCCCUAG